AUGGCUAAACGGUCGGCCGAUAUUGCUGGCGAUAACGAAAUAGCCAAGGAACCUCUAGCUUCCAAGCGCCCAAGAAUCGACGAUGCCGAACAAGUACAGUCCAAGUCAUUCAGCGAACCUCGUUGGGAAGACGACGAGCGCAACGGUGCAGAUAUACUAGCAGCAGCCGAUCAGGAGGCAGAGAAGAUUGAGGAAGCUACCGGUCAUGCUUCGGAUUGGGACGGUGAAGAUGUGAUUGCGCAGGCGCCCGUUCCCCAGAGCGCUCCUCUCCAAGGCUACGGAGACCUCUACUUGGAUACGAUACAGCGCUUAAAUUUGGACUUUGACUUUGAGAAAUUAUGUUCUGUGACGCUUUCUAAUAUCAAUGUCUAUGCCUGCCUCGUGUGUGGGAAAUAUUUUCAAGGUCGCGGGCCCAAAUCGCAUGCCUACUUUCACUCGCUAGAAGUCGGGCAUCAUGUCUUUGUCAACAUGGAAACGAAAAAGGUAUAUGUUCUGCCCGAAGGAUACGAGGUUAAAAACAAUAGUUUGGGUGAUAUCAAAUACGUGAUAGAUCCGUUGUAUACAAAGGAAGAAGUGGCUAAGCUAGAUACAGUCGUGACAGAGGCCUGGGACUUGAUUGGGAAGAAAUAUAGACCAGGAUAUGUUGGAAUGAACAAUAUAAAGUCAAACGAUUAUCUCAAUGUUAUCGUUCAACUGCUUGCCCAUGUCAGGCCAAUUCGAAACUUCUUUCUCCUCCACCAAUUCCAGACUCCCGGAACUCCCCAGCUCCCUUUGCGCUUUGGAAUGCUUGUGCGCAAGUUGUGGAACCCAAGAGCUUUUAAAUGUCACGUUUCGCCUCAUGAGCUGUUACAAGAGAUAGCCCUUCGGUCUUCCAAGCGCUUUACACUGACCCAUCAAUCCGACCCCGUCGAGUUCCUUUCCUGGUUUCUGAAUAACCUGCAUCUAAGUCUCGGUGGCUCCAAGAAACCCUCGUCUACACCAUCUAGCGUAAUUCAUUCAACAUUUCAAGGGCACCUUCGCAUCGAAAGCCAGGCCAUCACUGCAAGGUCCGAUAGUGACAAUGCUCGUCUUGUUUUUUCGGAAUCAAGCACGACCAGUUCCCAGAAAACUCCAUUUCUAAUCCUUACAUUGGACCUUCCACCUACUCCCCUUUUCCAGUCCGCUGAUAAAGAGUCCAUCAUUCCACAAGUCCCUCUCAUCAACCUCCUGAGCAAAUACAACGGUGUAACAGCGACCGAAAAGCUGGCCCACCGCGUUCGGCAUCGCCUUCUCCACCCUCUCCCCCAAUACCUCCUGUUUCAUAUCAAGCGAUUUAGCAAAAACAAAUUUGUUUCCGAAAGGAAUCCUACUAUUGUCACAUUUCCUUCUCCCAGGGGCCUAGACAUGUCCCCUUAUGUCGAGCCGAAUCCUUCAAUCUGGCCCCCGGGAGAACCGAUACUUUACGACCUUGUCGCAAAUGUAAUCCUUGAUGCUACAGUCACCGCUCCUGGGGACCCGGAGAGCCGAGCGCCGGAAAAUGGCCGUGGCGGCCUCGCCGAAGCUGCUGCGUCUGGCGCCGGUGGUGCUGCUCCAACAACUUCAACAACUUCCGGCGCAUCAGCAGGAAGCCACAAGGUUAAUUGGCUUAUCCAAUUACACGAUAAAGCAAUGGGGGUGCAAAUUACAAAGGAACUGACCCAGAAAGGGCCGGAGUGGUUGGAGGUCCAAGACUUGUGGGUUCAGCGGACAGAGAGUGAGACAUUGUUUACUAGAGAAGGAUAUUUAAUGGUCUGGGAAAGAAAAACUAAGAAGAAAAAAAAUUCAUAA